AAACUCUGAACUAGUGCAGCCAGUUCAGCUAUAAAGAACAGACCUAUUGUAAUCAGCGCAAGUUCACGAAAGUGUACGAUUUAAUGUUUAACACUAUUUUUUCUCAUCGAAUUUGAGCCGGUUCGUCGCAUUCAGUCAACUUUACCUAACUUUAUUGCGACUCGCUGCUGCAAGUGAGGUGCAUAUUGCAUAACAUUUCCGUUUUAUGCGACAUCAGGGCCGCGUUUAUUCAUGAACAGCAUAGGCGACACAUGCAAUGAAUUAAAGCAACAGUAUGACUCUUGUUUCCACACGUGGUUCUCCGAGAAAUUCUUGAAAGGUGACACGAGUGACAGCACAUGUUCGCACUUAUUCAAAAUGUAUCAGCAAUGCGUCAAGAAGGCCAUGAGAGAACAGCACAUUGAACUCAAAGAAAUGGAAACCAAUUAUUUGGAAACUGAGAAAGAGAAAAAACCACAUAGUUGACACUUUGUUUAUUGCUUAACUUCUUUAUGAUCACACAUUAUGAUUAUCAUUAAUAGUGUAUGAAUCAAGUGCAACUAUUUUAAAUGCCAUUCCUACUGUUUCUUGUAAAGCAACGAGUAAUGUUUAACUAACAACCAUAUCUGUGUCUUAGAUGGGAAUGAUACAUAUAUGUAUUAUUUGAUAAAAGAUUUGUAAAAGAUCAUUUUCAAAGAUUUUUUGUUUUUUAUUUUUGAAUUACAAGCUUGAUAUCAUAAUUUUCAAGUUAAAAACUCUUAAAACUUUAUUAAAAGUUUUCUAUUAAAUCUGCAGUUGCCAUAUUGUGUUCACACAAUUGUGUUCACAAUUUAAAAUUUUGAAAAUUUUAUACAUUUGAAUUUAGGGUCUUGACUUUAGAAAUUAAUAAAUGAUUGUACUUAUAUAGCCAUCAAUUACACUGUCACUGCCCAGCAACCGUUUAAAAUAAAUAUUUCGCACAUUUAUUUAUAGCAUUAAAUAUUAAAAUGUGUUGCGUCAUGGCAGAGAAACUACAUCAUGUGUAUGUUAUGCUUAAUAGCAAAUUUAAUUACUUGCGCAAUAUAAUAAUUGGUGCAAAUCUUGUUACAUUCUUAACUCCUUUUUCAUUACAAUAAGAAGAAAUUGUAUGAAGGAACAAUUGUUGCAAAAGUUAAUUGUUAUAAACUAUACAAUUACCGAGGAACAUGGAAAUAAAUAAUCUUAGUACAAAUAAAA